GUAAAUGUACUUGUGUACAUGUAGGCCGAUGUUUGUAUGCGUGUGUGUGCGUUAACAGGUCUAACCUGAAGUCAGCCAUGUGAGAAAUGUUUUAGCUACAAACAUUCCUCUGCUGGAUUCCUCCCAGAAUGCAUCAGGGUCACCAAUAAAGAAUGACCCGUCCAGCUAAAACAGAUGCAAGUAUUUUAGUAGGAGGCUGCGAGUCCUCUGCUGGCAGGCGCUUAAUGCAAUAUGUGCCCGUAAGAUGAAGUCACAAACAUUGCAACUGUAGUCGACUCCCACUCGCCGGGCAGCACAGACGGGGCAUUAUGUGGACGAGUACCAGCUGGUACCACGGGCUCCUCAUCCUCCUCUGGGACUUCAUUUGUUGCUGCCUCUGAAAUCAGGACAUGGAACUGAAAUGGAAGAGCAAACCUGUGAACGUUCUCCUCGGAUGCAUCGUUGCCUUCUGCUUUUGUACAGUUUGUCCGGCUGAAAGACUCUGCACGGUUCCUCCGGGCCCCGUGACCGUCCCAGAAAACAACACGGCCGACGUCGAGGUGGUAAAAAUUAUCUCCAGUAGUGAUGCGACGCUGAGCGUCACCGUGAACCCUGAAGAUCUGUUCUACCUGAAAGGAAACUCCCUGAUGGUAAAGAAAGGGCUGGACUAUGAGUCGUUGCACAGUGUAACUCUGAUGGUGUGGGUGCAGUGCAGCAGAGAAGGAUCCACAUCUGUAAAUGAGUCUGUGGAGGUUUUUGUUGAAAAUGUAAAUGACAACCCUCCAAACUUUGCACAAAGCCACUACGUUCUGGAAGUAAAUGAGCUCACUCCAGUCAACUCCAGUGUUGGACUGAUAGAAGCAUCAGAUGUGGAUUCAGAGCCACUGUACUAUCGCUUAGAGCCUGCAACAGAUAAAUAUUUCCGCCUGGAAAACAUCAACACUCCAAAGAUAAUUGUUAAAAGCAUCUUGGACUACGAUGUUGUGCAGAAGAUCUCUCUGGUUUUACACGUGCAGGACACGCUCGAUGGUUCGGCCUCCAACGAGCCCUUCUUCACAUCGGUGGCCAGCAUCACGGUGCAGGUGAAGGACGUUGAUAACCGGCCCCCGUGGUUUCAGCCUUGUUUGAGAACCAACUUGGGAAUCGCCAAACUGUGUGUGAGCAGCGGCUACAGAGGCAAAGUCAACCUCACCGAGAAGGAGGACGGUCCGUUGGUGCUGGAGCCCGGGCCGGUGUACGCCAGGGACGGAGACAAGAACCGCAGCGAGCUGAUCAGCUACAGAAUCCUCCGAGGAAAUGAGGGAAAUCUUUUCCAGAUUGAUGAGGAAACAGGAAACAUCUCCAUGACUAAAGCUGCGGACAUCGUCGGCCCAAUAACUCUUUUUGUUCUGGCGUCACAGGUGACCAACAGGGAUCAGUUUGCAGUGACGCAGGUGACCAUCGACGUGAUGAAGAAGAGCAGGAACCCUCCUCGCUUUGAGAAAGAGCGAUACGAAGGAUUCAUCUACAGCAACUCUGUCCCCGAGAGCAUGAUCCUCCGAGACCGAAGCACCAACCGGCCCUUCAGGGUCCGAGCUCGGGACGAGGACUUCUCCGCAGGCGCAAAUCCAGAUGUGAAGUAUGAGGUUCAGUACAGCAGCUACGUCAACGUCACCUCAGAUGGUUUUGUGAUCUUGAAGAGAGUCGUGAAGACGGAGUCCUUCGCGCUUCAGCUCAGAGCCGUGGACACGACAACAGGGGAGUUUGGAACCGCUGCCCUCUCUGUUCAGGUGAUACCAGCCGUGGCCAUCCCGUCUCCCUCAAACGUCGGCUACCGUCCGGGCGACAUGGCGCUUCUGGGUCUGGUCAUGGCGGCUCUGCUGGUGCUCUGCCUCAUUGUGAUUGGCUUCUUGAUUUCCCGCGUGUGGAAGGGAAAUGCCAGCAUGGACAAGAUAUGUGAGUGCCUGGGCCCCUGCAUGAAGUCUGACGAGGCCCGGUCCGGCCACAGGGACUCCCUGCAGUACACCAAUGACGGCUUCCAGAAUGAGGGCGACGCGAGCCGCGGGAGCGGCAGGCGCAUGAACAACGUUGUCCCCAGACGGAGCACUUUCCCCCAAGCACGAGGCCGGGUCAUACCCAUGGAGAGACGGAGCCGCCACUGUUCCUCCUGUGGCGUCUACGCCAACCACGUCCCAAAGGGGAGCCCCUCAGCGAGGCUGUCUAGGAGAGGCAGAGGAGACGGGGACGAGUACGGCAUGAGGUCUGUCAUAGCCAAGCAGAGGAGGAAGGAGGGCCAGAAGACUGUGUGGUUCAAGGAGAGCGAGGACUCCUCUGACAUCGAGGUGGAGAUUAUCCCAGACACUGUGGGCCGGGUGGAGGAGGAGACUGAGGAGGAGCUGAAUAUGGAAGGGGUUGUCAGAGACCCGGCAGCCCCAUUGAGAGAGUCUGAUGACGGGAAGGAGAGCCAGAGCGAAGAGCCCAGUGAGGAGCAGGACCGUGGAAAUGCCAGCUCAGAAAAAGAGAAGGGAGGCCAGGAGCAGGAGGGCUGACAGCAGAGGUCAGAGGUCAAACUCCAGUCAGAGAUUGAAACUGAGCGGUUUGUUUUCUUGUCACGUUUUCGAGACAACAGCCUACAGCAGGGAGGGCUCAGCAGUCCGGGGUGACACUGCCAGCAUCUCUGGAUAUCUGCCAAACCUCAAGAAUACAUUCAAGGAUCCAAAAAGUAUUUAUUUUCUACUGUGAGUAUCUUAGAAGACAGUGUCCGAGGUAAUGACUUGAUACAAUGUGUAAAAACACAAGUGUAGUAUACACUAUGAGAUGAAUACUUACACCUUUUAAAGGUCUAGCUUCACACAACUUGGGUGUUAUUUGUGUAGUUUUGGUUAUAAUUAUAACACUUAAUUAACUGCUGGAAUUGCAGCAACAUUACUACAAGAAAGUCUGACGGGCCCAAAGACACAGACAGUUGCAGACCGGUUGCUAAGAAACACUGCGGGGCAGCUGGAGAGGGAAACAAAGAGGAACGAUGGAUGAUUACGUAGAAGGGUUUUAUGGCCCGGUACCGGCCCACAGCCCCGCAGUGGAGACCUCUUUAGAUGAACUGCUUGUUUGUUUACGACUUGACCGAUCGUGUGACUUCUUGUAGUAAUGUCACCAUGUUCCCACAACUGCAGUUAUUUUGAGUACAAUGUCAUCAUGUUUAGAAACGACCAAAACCACAAAAGUAAGAUCCAAGUUGUAAUAAACCGACCUGUCGGCAAUUUUACAAGUCGAUAAGUAAGAUCCCUUUCUAAUAAGGCACCAUUUAUAAAAAGGUUUAUAGGUUGUAAUUAGGGUUGCACAUAACUUUUGCUUAUCAAUUAAUCUGCUGCAGAUUUUCUUAAUCAAUCCAAUAAUUGUUUAUAAAACAUCAGAAAAGGUGCACGUCACAAUUUUCUAAAUCCGAAUGUGAAGUCUUCAAAUGUUUUGCAUUGUGCUUACUGUUACUGCCUUUGGGUUUUGAACGAUCAUGUUAGAUCCACAGUCUCACAUGCGAGAAACUGGAACCAUCACAUUUUGUUUUUACAAAUGAUCUGUAAUCAAAAUGGUGAAUGGUCAAUACUUUUUGUUUUCGAUCGACUUAUCGACUAAUCAUUUCAGCUCUAGUUGUAACUAAUGGAGUUAUUUGUAAUGAAUCAUUUACUACCCUUUUAUAGAGUUGUAAGUCAUCGAUCAGAACUACCUUUAGGUUUCAGGUCUAACAAUACAAACCUGUGUUCAUAGAUUCUUGAUAAAUACUGGUUUCAUGGAGCACCUGGGAAACUAAAGCAAGCAGUGGACUUACCAAUGGAUUCAGCAUUAGGAAUAGUUGUUAUUAACCUAAACCCAUUAUAAAGGAUGCCUUAUUAGAAAGUGGUAAUGAUCAGGCUAUUGCAGUGUAUUUUUGAUUUAAGAUAUUUAAUUGACUUGAUUAGUCGAGAACACACAUCUGGUUAUUGUAUCUGCGUGUUCAUACAUUGACAUUUACAGUAUAUCUAUUUCACAAUAUAAACCACCAUGAUAGAUUUUUAUCACCCUCAACUACUCCAGUCAGGAAGUCAGCUGACAACAUGAGUCAGCAAAAAGGGCCAAAACCUGACGAGUGAUUUGUGUCGGCAGCGAGAGGUCACUGUGGUGCUGUGAUGAUGUCAGCCUCGUUCUGUUCAAGCUUUACUAAACUGGAUUUUAUAGUGAAAAGUAUAUGUGAAGACAAACUUUAUCUACUGAAUACUAAACCACUGAGGGGGCGUUUUUAUGUGGAAUGUAUUUUUAUUGAUCAUGUUAAAAUAACUACUUUUAUGGAUAAAGCUAUGGCUAAUGUAUAGUUGACCUUUUGUACAUUAAAGUGAUGAGGGAAUAAUAAAGUUUGAGGUAUUUAUUGGA